UUUAAUAAUCUUCUAAUAGCAUGCGUAGAUGAUUAUCACAACCUCCAUAGUACUCGUAUUCCAUCAACAACCUCUAUUCCACAGAUCACUCACAUGGCUACUAUAUUAUUUAAUGUUAUUGAAGCUUUACCUAUUCCUUAUAAUUCGAUUUAUAAUUUUUCCGUUCACAAUCCUUGUGGUGUUGAUGCAUACCUUUUAAAAAAAAUUUUCCAAAGACAAUAUGUAUUUACUAUUGCAAAUAGUUACAAUUCCGAAAAGUCAUAUUGGAAUUGGGCAUCUAAUAAAGUAGAUUUAUUUGAGUUUUUAACAGUUCAUUCUUAUGAUGUUAAUAUGGUUAAUAAAUAUCAUCGCAAAUUUAACAAGACAAAAUUAAUUGAUUGUAUUAAGUUGGAUUUAAAAAAUACAAAGAAUUAUAUCGAAGCCGUGAAUACAUUUUUAAGCUUGCCAGAGAUGAAGAAUUAUUUAAAAAAUUAUAUUAUUCCUCUUCCUGUGGAUUUUCCAGGGCAGCUAUUUAUAAGAAAGGCGAUUACAAUGAAGUUAAAACUUAAAGAAUUAACAAUUCCUGAAGAAAUCACGCAUAUAAUACUAUUUUUGGAUGAAUUGUCACAAUCGUAUAAUGAAAGAUUACAAAUGAAAAAAGAUAUUGAUGAUUGGAUAGUUUCUGAAACUCAAACUGAAUAUGAACCUAAUUCAUUAGAAAAUAUUGAAUUUACAAAGGAAUAUGUAGAAAUUGAUAAAUAG